CACCCCCAAAAAAAACACCCCCCACAACCCCCGCAGCUUACCUCUCGCAGUUUUCUGCUCUGAGCUUCGAAGCAGAUGCGGAUUCCCCCAACAAUGGUCCCAGGGACUAGGGAGGAGGGUGGUCAGUACACAUCUCCACUGGCAGCACACCAACUGAUAUUCCAGUUCAUCAACAUCCUAGGAGUCUUCCUCCAGGUGAAGCAUGCAACCGGAGAUUUACCGUCUCCAUUCGUCACGGACCACAACACAAUUAUGAUGUUGAUUGUUGAUUUACUCGCUUAUGCGGGGACAUUGGAGACUGCUAGGAUUCUCAAAGCUUCCAGGAAUACAAAUGGAUAUGAAUGGAUCAACAACAUUAGCCUAUUGUGUGGAACUUCUGCGGUGAUUCUGUUGUUGCUCCUCCUCGAUCGAGAUUUGGGCUGGUUUGUUUUUGCAUGUUGGGUGGCAUCUAUUGGGAUAAUUGUGACCAUGUCCUACGAAACCCCAAGAAGACUCUGUACUGUAGCUGUCGAUGAUUUCCGUGAGAAAAUGAAGGAGCUGAUGGGGAGAUUGAAGGGCACCGAAGAACCCGAGAACCAGGACAGGAUGACUUAAUACUCAUGUCUAACCCUUAAACUUGUUAAAGUUGUUAGGUCUCCUGGUUUUUAGGAUUUGUUUUAAGCAAUGGUGAAUAAUCCCUAUUCUAGAAGGACACGUUUGUUGCAUUAUCUGUUUAAGACUUAGUCAUAUAUCACGAUCCUAGGGUUGUAAAUCGUGGGCUGUUAUUUGUCUUUCAGUUUAUAGCGACUGCAACUCUUUGAUUUCAAUAAGAAAGUUCUCCAUGCA